CAGAAGCGGUCCUCCUCCUCUCGUAUCAGAGACACACACACACACUCACACACUCACACACACACACACACACACACACACACACAGUCCAAACCCCCAGAAAAGCCCUGCUGAAUCCUCACACCGUCUGUCAGCAUGGGGAGCGCUUGUUUUUCCCGGGACGUUUGUUUGUUUAUCCUCCUCAUAAAUACUUGCAGGGUGAUGGGGAAUGUCGGACUCGCAGAUGCAGACGAGUGUGCAGAAGGGUCGGACGACUGCCACAUCGACGCCCUCUGCCAGAACACGCCCAAGUCCUACAACUGCAUCUGCAAGCCAGGCUACAAGGGAGAUGGCAAGCAGUGUGAAGACAUGGACGAGUGUGAGAACGACUACAACGGAGGCUGCGUCCAUGAAUGCAUCAACAUACCUGGCAACUACAGGUGCACCUGCUACGAUGGGUUCAUGCUAGCCCACGACGGACACAACUGUCAGGAUGUGGACGAGUGUGCAGACAACAACGGUGGAUGCCAGCAAGUGUGUCUCAACACCAUGGGGAGCUACGAGUGUCAGUGCACACAUGGCUUCUUUCUCAGCGACAACCAGCAUACCUGCAUCCACCGCUCUGAUGAUGGGAUGAACUGCAUGAACAAGGACCACGGCUGUGCCCACAUCUGCAGAGAGGCUCCAGGCAAGGGCGGGGUGUCGUGCGAGUGCCGUCCUGGCUUUGAGCUGAACAAAAACCAGAAAGACUGCAUAUUGACGUGUAACUAUGGAAACGGCGGUUGCCAGCACACAUGCGAUGACACAGACACAGGGCCGGUGUGUGGCUGCCAUCAGAAGUACGCCCUGCACUCAGACAGCAAGACCUGCAUCGAGAAAGAUGAGGCUGCAAUUGAGAGCUCUGAGUUCAAUGCCACGUCAGUAGCUGAUGUGGACAAGCGGGUGAAACGGCGGCUACUUAUGGAGACCUGCGCCGUGAACAAUGGCGGCUGUGACAGGACAUGCAAAGACACCGCCACAGGGGUGCGCUGCAGCUGCCCCGUGGGAUUCACUCUGCAGCCCGAUGGCAAAACCUGCAAAGACAUCGACGAAUGCCUGGAGAACAACGGAGGCUGCGAUCACUUCUGCAAGAACACAGUGGGCUCCUUCGAAUGCAGCUGCCAGAAAGGACACAAACUGCUCACUGACGAACGCUCAUGCCAAGAUAUUGACGAAUGCUCCUUUGAGAGGACCUGUGACCACACCUGCAUCAACUACCCUGGCAGCUAUGAGUGCGUCUGCAAAAAGGGACACAUCCUGUACGGCCUCACACACUGCGGAGACAUUGAUGAGUGCAGCAUCAGUAACGGGAGCUGUGAGCACGGCUGCAUAAACACUCAGGGCGGCUACGAUUGUGUGUGUCCACCCGGUCAGAAGCUCCACUGGAACAAGAAGGAUUGUAUCGAGGCGGUGAAGUGUCUGCCCAAUGGGAAGCCAGUACCCCGAGCCCAGCUGACCUGCACCAAGAGCGGGGGGGCAGAGGUCUGCUCACUCUCCUGCCCCUCCAACGCCCUCUUCCUCGCAGACUCAGAGAACAGCUACACACUGAGCUGUGGAGUGCCCGUCCAGCCUGUUAAAGCUCCUCCGAAGAGGAACACCACCAGUGCUUUACCCACCUGUGGCGACACGCUGUCCGCACCCAUAAAGCAGAAGGCCAGGUUUAAGAUCAAAGACGCCAAAUGUCACCUGAGGCCCCGAAACAAGGAGAAACACAGAGACUCCUCCAGACAGAACCUACAAGGAGGCCAAUUCCCUUGCACAGACGACUGCCAGGUAACAUUUGUAAACCUCAAGUGCGACUCUUCUAAGAAGCGCAGACGAGGACGCAAAUCUCCUUCCAAAGAGGUUUCCCAUAUCACAGCUGAGUUUGAGAUGGAGAUGAGAGAGGAAGAAGCAUCAGACUCUUGUAACGUGGAGUGUGUGCGGGAAAGGGUGAAGCAGAAGCUGCAGAGCGCCAUGCGGACGCUCAGGAAGUCCAUCAACAAACAGCAGUUCUACAUCCAGUUCUCUGGGACGGAGUACGAGGUGGCCCAGAAACCGUCCAAGGUACUGGAGGGAGCCGAGCUCUGCAGCACGGGACACGUCCUCCGAGAGGGGAAGUGUGUGAGCUGUGGGCUCGGGACGUUCUACAGCGGGGAGCAGGAGCAGUGUGUGCAGUGUCUUCCCGGGACGUACCAGGACACGCUGGGUCAGCUAUCCUGUGAGCCAUGUCCCGGCAUCGAAGGACAGGGCAUCGCCGGGGCCAAGAACGUGUCUCAGUGUGGAG